CUGGGGAUUUUAUCGAAGGUUGAAGGUGGACUGAUUAAUCUGCUCAUCUACUGUUAGCGUGAAAGGAACCCAAGCAAACAGAACGUCAGGUGCCUUUCUCUUCCCUGUCAGGCCUAAGAUAUCCUUCGCAGGUCAUUCAAAGCAUUAACAAAUGUCGACCGAGACGAGCGACAACAAUCACGGAAUGCAGACUGAUUACGCGAUAAACUUGUCGGAACGAAAAUAACGAAAGCGCAAGCGCCGGUGGUCGCGCAUCUGGCACCCGAGCACAGGCUGGCGAAGGGCAGGGCACCUCAGCUCACCUUAGUCCUGGCUCGCUCUCCAGCAGUGUAGCGUCCGGUCGCGGUCAGUGUUAACACCUCGCUCCCUUCCCUCGUCGCUCCUUCUUUCGCCUCGACCUUCGCACUUAUGAAGCCCGAGGGAAAUUUCAUGUUGCUUGUUGUGUGUGUCUGUGCCACUGCCUACGUCGUCCACGGAGUACUCGCGACGGAGCGCAGCAGAGUGCCAUGCAGUACGUCGUGCUCCAUUCAGAGUGACCAGGGAUUGGUGAGAAGCGGCGACGUCUGCAACUUCAAGUAUUAUCCAAAGGGAGGAUGCCUCGUCACGGCGGGGUCGCCCGGCGGCGCAGACAGCGGGGGGACGAGAGAGCCCCCGGACCCCCCCGCCGCGGCGCCGCCCCCGCGCAGGCCGGGCGCGGCGGGCCCCCUCCCGCGCCUCCAGCUCAGCGUGUGGCCCCUAAACGCCCUCAACGCUGCCGUCGACUUCACCAUCCCCGUCAACCACUGUAGAAUGGUGAUGGUGGUCAUCGACGGCGUGACGACGGGCGGCGAGCGGCGCUGCGUCACGGUGGAGUUCAGCCAACGCCCCGGCUGGCGCGCCUUCACCCUGCGAGCGUCGUGCCUUACCCUGCCCCACGGCCGCUACAACCUCACCGUCCUCACCACGUCCCCGUCGGAUCCUUCGUCUGCCUCCUCCUCCUCCUCCUCCCCUUCCCCCCUCUCCUCCUCGCGACCGCAGCUCCUUGACCCUGAGGCCAGAGCUAGCCCCGGGGACAACGAGCUGGCCGAUCCGUCAAGUGAUCCGUCAAGGCGAGUGGAUGACUUGACAACCCGUGAUCGUCUUGCGGUCAUCGCGCGCCACAGCUUCGCCCUGCCGUACACGGACCGCUACAGCGCCCUCGGCCGCUCCACACGGCACCGGAGCAAGCGGGUGGGCAAGAGGACCCAGCUGAGCACCGAGGACUUGUUCCUGGGCCCCCCCGCCACCUCCGGACCCGCCGCCUGCCCCUGCUACCACUGCCUGGAGCCCAACCACACUUACCACACCGAAACGGCCUUCCUUCAGUUCUCCUUCACCGUCAACACCUCGGAGGCCUGUUGUGCCAACUGCUCCAGGAUGAACUUAGUGCUUUACCAGUACGUUAAUAUGGACAGCGCUCUCAUGUGCUACUCCCUGAAUUUCACCCCACAAGUCGUGAGUGGACUGAGACUGGUCAACACUGACAAGAACAUCACGCAGGGCCCCGUGGACUACCCCAACAUCGGCACGGGCUGCUACGCGUUCCGUCUCCGCCCGUCUGUCAACCCGAGCCCCAUCUACCACGGGUUCCUGUGGCUCAAGGCGAAGGUUAACGUCACCAACAUGGACGACUGGAAUACCACGUUCUUCCUACAGCCUGAUCACGAACGUGGCAGCCUGGAGAUUCGCUGGACAGCUCCCUCGUACCCAUUUAACUUCUCCAGCUACGGCCUUCAACUCUGGCACAACGAGAAUACCAGCAUCACGUGUCGAGGGGAGACUAUUUACAAGGGCCCGAUUGUCGUCAUGCCCAAAAAUGAGAAGAUCUACCUUACGUCGACCAACUACACCUUCUACAACCUCAGUAAAGGCUGGUACUGCGUUCGCGUGACCCCCAUCGACGACCGCUGUCCUCCCGACGGCUGCCAACCACGCUCCAGCCUCGCCAAGCAACUCCUAGACGUGGUGAACGGCAGGCCGGAGAAGGCGCCCAAGAGCAUAACCCCGGGCGUGCUGGGGGCGGGGGCGGCGAUCCUCCUCGCGGGCGUUCUCCUGGCGUGUCUCGUUAUCCGGUGUCGGUCCUCCAGGGGUGUCUUCGGCGUCUCCUACACGAAAGUCCACGUGGGCAAGAAGCUGAACGAGGGCGGAGUCGUGCUGCUGGUGUGGACGAAGACGGGCCCGUAUGGGGACCACCUCGCCCCUGUCAUCCUGGCUUUUAAGAAGACCUUGGUGUCCUAUUGCAAGUUUAAGGUGUACGACUACUUAGACUUGAUGUCCCUCCCAUCAGAGCAUCGCCAGCACCUCCUGGCCUCGCCCGCUGCCUGGCUCGACACAAUCCUUGCUCAGCACAAUAUCAAGAUAAUCAUCGUGGGCAGCGAGGGGGCGCGGCAGAGGCAGCUGGAGGGCAUCUGCGGUGGCGGCGGAGGCAGACACAAUACCUCCUGCGAGCGGGAGGACCCUCUUGACGUGAUCCUCUUCCCAUACCUUCUGCGUCGCCUGCAGGACAGACCGGAUUUAGCUGGGGACUACUCGCGGGUCUUCCACGUCAGGUUUUCCGACGUGUGCAGCGAGAAGGGCGAGCUGGAGGGCGUCGUGUCGUGGACCAGAUUCCGCCUUCCAGAGCAUCUGCGGAGCCUCACGCUUUCUUUACACGGCAUCUCGGAAGAAGCCGGCUGCGACCUGGAGGAGCCGCCCGCAGACCUCGUCGCCGAAAUGAACUCCGCCAUGGCCGGCCACCCGAUGCAUCGCGCCUCCAGGAGCCAUCAUCCCAACAGCCACCUCGCCAAGGACGCCCACACCACCGCGGUGCCAGUGCCGCCCCUGCCCACGCCGCCCAGCUCCGAGGCCAGCUGCGACGGGCACUCGUCGGACGCAGGCCCGGAUCCGCCGGACGCGCCCCUGGACGACUGCGCGGACCGGCUGGGGAAGUUAUAGGCGCGCGCAGGGGGGGAGAUCCUCCGGCGGCGCGCUCGGGUGUCGCCGAUUCCACAUUCCAUGGUGCGCGUGCGGUGUGAAUGAGGAUUAGAUGUUAUUUAAGUCACCGAACUGUCCCUUAAAGAAUUAAUACAUGAGAUACGUGAGAUAAAUUCUAUUUAUGUUGAUGUGUAUAUAUAUAUAGAGGUGUGCCUGUUGGUGUGUAUGACCUUAUGUGUGUGUUUGAGCUCACACACACACACACACACACACACACACACACACACACACACACACACACACACAC